AUGUACUGGACAGAAAGGGGAAGAGAGAUUGUUAUGACACAUGUUGAUAAAGAGAGGGAUCUCCAAUUAGCAGCCGAAAUUGGGCAUUCAUUACUUGAACGAAAUCAUGAACUUCAGACAAGGAAUGAAUUUUUGGAAGAAGCUCUGCUUGUUUCUAAUGAUACAGUAGUGCAACUUCGACAUGAACUGCAGAUACGGGCUAAUUUACUGCAUAUGUAUGCCGAAAAUGAUAAUGAUUGGGAACCAUGUACAUCGCGUCAUUCCAAUAACGAAAAUAUUCAGCGUAGAAUGCGAAGACUUGAAAAUGAAAAUGAACGCUUGAGAUGUGAGGCAACAAAUUUGAAAAAAAAUUUUGUGGAAUUGGAAGAAAAAGAACGGUUGAACAUUUCGGAGUGGAACAAACAGUUAGAUUCAGCGAAUGAUAAGAUCAAUCGAUUACAACAGUCCCUUGCAGAGAAGAUCGAAGAGUGUAGAAUUCAAAGUUUUGAGGUUGAAAGACUUCUGAAGGAAGUUGCUGCUAGGUCAAGUCAUGAAAAAACGUUGGUGAGCGAAAAUGAUAAUUUAAAUCAGCAAUUGGAAGGUGCAUUGACAAUGCAUGAAGAACUUACAGCUCAAAUAUCAGAGCUGCAAGAACGAUAUACCGAAAUAGCUGGAAUGCUCCGUGAUGCCGAAGAAGAACUUAAAACAUAUAGACAAACUCAGUCUGCUUAUAGUACCAGCGCCGACUCGCUCUACGAUUCUUUGGCUAGUGAAAUUGAAGCAUCGGAUAGUGGCUUUUAUUCUACAAUUAGCAACACAUCCAAAGUCGAAAAAUCAAUAUCAUCAAAAAAGAAUAUGAAAGAUUUAGCUGAACUGCAGUAUCAAUUGACAUCAAUGAAAUCUUGUACUAAUGGUGGUGAUGGUGGUGCAGUUAUAUCUGUUGAAACUGUGACGCGUUCAGUCGCAACUGCUACUGAUCCAUUACCGAAUUACUGUGAAGAAAAUUCACAUUGCACUGAAGAUAUUGUGGAUGUACCGAAUCAUGUUCUUGCCAGUCUUCUUCGACGACCUCGACUAGUGAGGCAAACAAAUUUUCCAACCUGUGUAGAGGGUAGUUUCACUACCAGUGGUAAUGACUCAGAUAAUAUAGAGUUAUCGUUGACUACAGAAACUGUAGCAAAGCAUUUUGAUUUUAGUUCAAAUUCGGCAAGAACAAGCACGUCACAACAGCAAAAUUUUCGAGAGCUCCCGAAUUCUCCAUCUUGUCCUGGUUGGCUUAUGCGUGAUUUAAAUCGAAUCUCUGGGCAUAGCUCAAUUUCAUCAACUACUCUUAGUAAAACAACAUCAACUGAAUCACUGGCAGGUUAUGAAGGGCCGAAAAUGGGUGAACCGGGACGACCUGGUACUCGCGACUUAGACUGGUCAAUCCGCAAGCUAAACAUACGCUUAGAAGUUGAAAAAGAAUAUGCAAAAUUUCGGCGUGAACGCGGUUUGCUGCCUUCGAAUGUACCAUUCUUCACCACACCUUCAAAAAAGAAUUACCGAACUUUGGAAAAAUGCCACAAAACGGGUAGUAUAGUACAGUACACUUCAAUAUCUUGUGGCAGUCAACAAAAGCAAGUGAUUGCAAACGGUUUGUCACGGGUUUUUAAACCAUGGAAGAUACUCUCAAAUGCUGGUUUAUUUGCCUCUCUUCAAGGAAACCUUGCUCAAGGUAUACUGGUUCGCUCAGCUAUUCCUUUUACGCCACCAAGCACACCCGUACGGCAGGAAAGAAGUACAAUCAUUUGUAAGUCUCUCUCACGAUUAAUAUUUAGCCAUAAAAGCCUUACAAUGAAACAUUCAAUCAGAAGUGAUGCAGCAACCAGAUAA